CUCUCGCACCUCACCCUUUGUGAGUGUGGUCAGAUAUGCAGAGCCUAGAGGUGGAACCACAUGGCGCCGAGGACAAGGUCGGCAGGGCGGCGUUUGGGUCGUGGCGUGCCCAGAGCAGGUUCCUGGUCGGACAUACCUGCGCCACGGUCUGCUCGUCCAAGCUCAACUACUGCUUGGGAUUUUCGGCAUGUAUGUUGGUGGUCUUUGUCUCGGCGGUUGUCAUGUCGGUCCUCUCUAAUGCACCUGUCGUCUUUCUCCGCCUCUCUGAGGCAGAGGUGGGAGAGAUUGAUCUGCAGCUGGUCUCGGCGGGCUGGACUGGCGCAUCGCUGCUCAACUACACCACAGUCAAGGAAGACUCGCUGAGCUCUGCCAUCGGCGAAGCGUACACCUUUCACUCGCCACGAGUCAAGUUCCAGGCCGACAUCAUGGCCCUCUCCGACUGCCACCCACGUGCUGCUGCUGCCGCAGCUGCCAGCGCCCGCCAUCCGUUUCCCUCGCAGUGGAGCUACGAGCCGAGCUCGCUCACCGCCCCAGUCUGCAACGACGAAGCCAUCGAAGCCAUCGAUCCCGGGCGCAAGCCCGGGCCCGACGGCGUUGUCCGGCGCGAUCCGGCCAAGACCUGUCUCCAGGUCCUCUGCUCGUCCGAGUACACCCCGCUCACCCAGGCCUCUGUCUACGCCAUUGACUCGGCGGCCGAGGUGCGGAUGGGGCUUGGACGUGCGUACACCUUUGGCGUCAUUCCGCCGUCGUCGGUCCUCCUCCACAAGAACCUCGCCACCAUCCUCGGCGUGAGUGUUGGCGACACCACGUACGUCUCGCUCUCGGUCCGGACCCAGGCGCAGCCCAACUCGGUCUUCCGCCACUUUUUUCAGACUCUUGUCGACGACGACACCGCCGCCCGAGACGCCUUUCUCAACUCGACGGCGUACACCAACGCUUCGGAGCCGUGGACCUCGUCCGAUCUCGCGAACGCCUUUCCCUACGCCGAGGGCAAGUACCGCCUCCCGUGGGCCUUCCGCAUCAACCUCCCGCUCACCGUCGCCGGCAUUCUCCCGUCGUCGCUCGGCAAGUUUGCGGCGUCAGACACACAAGCUGCGCUUGUCGAACUCGGCACACUUGCCACAGCGCUCGCUGACGCGCUCAACGCCAACACCACCGAGCUUCAGGAUGUGCGCUCCAUGCUGGGCGCCUCCAGCAUGGCCGAGUUUGCGUCGGAGAUCAACGUCAACCUCCCGCCGCCGCGCAUCGACCCGUACCUCUCGUCCGACUUUGACACCAUCCAGAAGAACGUGCUUCGCUUCACGUCCAAGGUUGUCUACGCGCUCGGCUUCAACCAACUCGACGCCGACGAGCCAAUUGUUGAGAAUCUGCGGGCAACUCGUUUCUUCUCGCUCUUCCUCGGCCUCAUCCUCAACAUUGUCAUCUUUAUUCUCUCGGGCCUUUCAGUUCUCCUCAUUUACUCGCUGCUCAUGGUCAAUGUGGAGACGCGGACGUUCGAGAUGGGCACCAUGCGCAUGCUCGGCAUGACCAAGGCCGGUGUCGUCCAGCUCUUUCUCCUGCAGGCCUUUGCCUACGCCCUUCCCGCCUAUGUCGUCGGCAUGGGCGUCUCGCAGCUCGCCUUUUACCUCCUUGCCAACCUCUUCGAGUCGUCGACCGACGUCUCCAUCUCGCCGUGGCUCUCGCCGGCAGGCAUCAUCCUCGCCACCGUCCUCGGUCUCACCAUUCCGGUCAUUUCGGCACUGGCGCCCAUCCGCACCGCCCUCGGCGUCUCGCUCGUCGCUGCUCUCCAGGUCUCCCGCUCCAAGCAGUCUGCGGUCAAGAUCUCGCUCGAGCGCAACGAGGACGGCAAGGUCUCGUGGGCACUGGUUGUCACAGGCUCCACCCUUGCUGUCUUUGGCUUCCUCGUCUACUACCUCCUCCCGCUCGCGCUGCUCUCGUUCAACCUCACCCUCCUCCUCAACAUCUUCUUUGGUCUCCUCAUCGGCAUGCUCCUCGGCCUCGCCCUCCUCGCGCUCAACUUUCAGCACAUGAUCGAGCGCCUCCUGGUCUUUUCCUCCUCUCGUGGUGGGAGUCGUCGGCCGUCACCGUUGUCGUCGUCAAGAACCUCAUCGCCCACAAGCUGCGCAACCGCAAGACGACCCUCAUGUACUCGGUCUCGCUCGCCGUCAUCAUCUUUAUCUCGGUCUCGUUCUCGCUUCAAAUCCAGACCUUUGUCUACUCGGUCCGCCAGGCCCGCGGCGCCCGCAUGACGGUCGAUGCGCCGCAGGUUGACCGCCUCGGUGAGCUCGAGAUCAUCCUCGAGGCCUCGCCUAUUGUCCGUGACUGGGCCUACUCCUCGGUAGCCCUUCACGACGCGAAGGUCUACCUCGACCAGACCAAAGUCACCAAUCUAGGCCGGGUAUUCGAGGCAGAGACUGAUGUCUACGCAGUCUCGCCCAACUUUUACGACGUUGUCUUUGACGGUUUCCUCAACGUCGGCACCGUCCGCAAUGGCUACAAGCGCCAGUCGCUCUCGGAGCUGCUACACACGCCCGCCGGCUCCGGCAUGGCCCUCGCUCCGACCACUUACCGCCAGUCGCUUGCCUUUUCCUCCAUCGGCGACGCCUGGUCGCUCCUCUGCCAGUUCAUCACGCCUGUCGGCGACGCCGAGUACCGGCUCCAGCUCCGGACGCUCGCAUUUGUCGACUCGUCGCCAGUCUUCCGCUUCUCCAAGUUCCCCAGCGUUGCCGGCCUCGACAUCAUCGUCUCGUUUCCGACCUUCCGCCGUCUGCUCGAGCAGAUCGGCGGUGACGAGGCCAACUCGGUCUCACUUGACGACGUGCCCAUCGAAACGGUGUACCUCUCCAUCUCAGAGAACGUCGGCGACGACGAGCUCGACCAGUUGCUCUUUGACCUGCGCAAUUUUGACGUUUCAGACCUGCGCUCUGAAGUCGACGCCCUCGACGCUGCCGAGCUGGUCCUCAACUACUUUUUCAUCUUUACCACCGUCAUGGCCAUGUGGAUCUCGUACUUUUCGCUGGUCUCGUCCAUGGCCUCCAACAUCUACGAGUCGUCCAAGGAAAUUGCCGUCCUUCGUGCCCUCGGCGCCACCCGCGGCCAGGUCCGGCGCAUUUACGUUUACGAAGCCUUUGUCCUCGUGCUCUCCGCCGCGCUGACCGGCGUCUUCAUUGGCACCUUUGUCGGGUGGACCAUGCUCCUCCAGCGCACACUCUUUGUCCAGCUCCCGGUCCCGUUUGUCUUUCCUACCACCAUCCUCAUCGUUGUCUUUGUUGUCGCCAUCCUCUCCGCGCUUUCAGCCGCGGCACUCCCGGCCACCCGCCUUCUCCGCAAGUCGAUUGUUGAGAUCAUGCGCAUGCAGUGAGCAGGAGCCAUCUACAGCUCGGCUACAACAAUCCGGGAUCGUUCCGCCUGCGGCAGUGCCUGCUGCGUGGCAGUCACGAGUUCACAGCCUGCGUCGACCACAAUCGUCUGUGGAUACGCCUUGCUGCUCAGCACCAUGCCCAACAUUGUCCUGUGCACCACCUCGUCGGAUCCAGCGACGAGCGGAUUGUCGCGGACGUCGAGCCGGAUGAGGUUGGGCGGGAGGCGGGCGAGGAGGUCCGGAAGCGAGCACAGCUCGUUGCCCGAGAUGUCAAGCGCUGUCACGCUCUCGGCACGCUGCAGCAGCGGCGCAAGCGCGGCUAGCCCGCGCCCGUCGAGUCGAUUGCUGGCAAGGUCGAGCGUGUGGAGUGUGUGCGGGAGCUCGAGCCCUGACCCGAGCUCCUCAAAGGCACGCUCGUCGGCGUCGGUGGCACUCCUGCCAAACGGUGGGGUGAAGCUCGGGGCCAACCCUGGAAGCCGCAGCGUGUUGAGUGCGGCCAGGCCCGAAUCGGUGCCCGCUGCAGCAGCGAGAAGAGUCUGGAGCGCGUUGCCCAGACCCAAGACGUUAAAGCCAGCGGCGAGACUGA